AUGAAGGUAUCCGAUUAUUGUCAGCAACAUGGCGAUCAGGCGGAUACAGAGUUUGUCUUUGUGUCGUAUACCCGCCUGCAGUUUCGUGUUGUCACCGAUGCCGAGAUUGACGAGUGGAAGAACUACCCCAAUGAGGAGACGAGAGAAGCAAAUAGGAUGUUGGCUCACCGAGAUCGCGAAACACUCAUUCAAUGGGGCAUCGACGCUGCCUUGGCUGCUGGCAAACGCGCCUUUUGGCUCGAUUUCGAAUGUGUGCGCGACUCGGAUGGCGUUGCAAAAUCCAGUAGUAAAAGCGAGGAUGUCUAUCGAAUCUGCGACAUUGUUCGGGCCGCGCACUCGAUGAUUAUUGCUAUCGGCCCUCCAUCAGCCGAGAAAGUCGCGAGUAUUCUCAAUGGCGAUGAAAAUGUUCCCUCGGGUAACACCGAGCAUGCCACCAAAUGGUUGCGCCAAUGGGGCUCACGAUUGUGGACAUUGCCUGAACUCCUCCUCUGCCCGAGUGAAUAUCGCAUCAAGCUUUAUAUGGCCGGUGACACGAAUGAGCCCAAAUCUCUAGCGAAGCGGAACUUUGCUGAGAGAGCCUGGGAUGACGCCGAGUCUGUUAAAGAGUUAGUGAACCACUAUGAAGGCUCAGCUAUUCUCCCCCCGACGCAGCUUAUUAGCAUUGCUCUAGAGUGCUUCGCUCGGCGGAAGACAGAUCAGUUCAGCCAGGGAGACAUUGCCUAUGCUGUCAUGGGGCUCUUUCCAGACAGCCAGAGACCGAUGGUGGAUGAGAAUGACUCCGGAUUUCGAGCCUUUGCCCGUCUCGCCUUAGCCGUGGAGGGCAGCAGCCUCCUCAGUCGUUUAUUGUGCGUCGCACCCGCACGAACCGGAGCUCAGUGGUCAGAUGCGACAGACUACUGGGGCGUGAAACUAAAGGACAUCCGUCCCUGCUGCGAUACUGUCGACGUUGCUGGGUCAAACGCCGUUGAGGUUCAAAACAUCCACGCUACGCCUAUUUGCUGGGAUAAGAUGGAAAGGUCUACCUUUCAGGAAAGGCUGCCGAUUUUCCCAGAGAUUAUAUUCGUCAUUUUACUCUUCUUUCCGUUGUUAACAUGGUAUCGGAUUGUCUACUUACUCGUCUCUGCCGUUGAACGUAGCCAAGCACUUCAAGCUGAUGUUCCCCGAUUCCUUGUUCAGCUAUUUUUCAUCCAAGCGAUUUUGACACCAGUAACCGUGCCUGCUUUCCUUCUUUACGAAUGGAAAAUCAGACGCAAAGGGCUGAAAAGCGCCCGGCUGGUCGGGAUAGAAGGUGUUUUGGAUUGCGCAACCGCUGAGCGACACAUCUACGGCUAUCACUGUGGAAGACUCGCAGAGAUUCCAUCAACGACGACUUCCGACUCCGAAACUGCCGUUUAUGAGUCUGGUCCUGCUGAAUCCCCGCGCAAGUUCACCUUCACGUUAAUAGACAUGUGUGCGCAAACUCUCAGGGUGAUAAACUGUGCCGCUCCUCCCGUUGCGAUGAUGCUCUGUGGCGAAGAUGCUGCCGGGCACCGGGCGAUCCUCUGCUCCUACAACCAUGAGACCGAUGUCUAUCAUCGUGAGGGGACGCUGCGGGUGGAUGAAUGUGUUCGCCAGCAAAUGAAGGCAGCCAGAUCGGUUAAUCUCUCUCUUGAGCCAUUCCCCUUGAAACUUACCGAGGCACCUCAUGAUGAAGAUGCAAUCAAGUCAAGUUUGGAUGGUCAGGCUUCUACAAGAAGCAGAGAGUGGAAGCCGGAGCUGGUAUUUUUCAUUAUGCAAUGUGUAAGUUUUACCCUACGCAAGACGGGCAAAUCACCCGAUGAUUCAGCCAUUAACGGAGACACCUAG